GGUCUGCCUUGUAAGGAAAACUACUUAAAAAAAAAAAAAAGUCCAUAAGUAAUUCAGAAGGACCACCUGGAGCAUUAAAGCUAUACACGUGGUGGAUGUGAGAGGCAAAAACUAGGAAACUUACGUAUUUUAGGGAGUGGGAUUCUACAUUUGAUAUUUUCCGCAUUGCUCCACAGUGACAAACCCACAACAACACCAUAAAUGCGAAGUCGCGACUCGCGAGUCUUCCAAAUCCCUCAGUUCAGUCCAACUAUGACUUCAACGGUCUCUAUUUCCUUCUACAGCUAGCGUUUUUUAAUCUUCGCAUUCUCAUUAUUCGACAGAGAAAAAAUAAGUAGACAUUUUUCUGAAAUUCACUCAUCAAGAAACGGAGAUUCAAACUCCUAAAACCCUAUUUUUAUUUUUUUUAUUUUUUUUAUUUUUUUUUUAUUUUUUUUAAUGUAUUCUGGAGAAAGAGAUUGAAGCCCCCCCAAAAUGUCACCCAAAACCUUGGAUUCACGGCAUUCCAUAGAUUCUUGCGCAUAUCAGCUCCACGGUUGGAGACCCUUCCAGCUGCAACAGACCACGACGUCUAAAACCCUAGAUUCCUCCGAUCCUACCAACCACAGACAUUAUUACUCCUCCAAUGGCCUUUAUGCCAAGCGCCCUUGCCUGUCCGACCGUGCUACGUCGUUUUCGAUCGACGCCAUCGACUUCUCCAGGCUGAGUUUGAUCGACGAUGACAGGUCGAACUCAGCCGGUCACCACAAUAGGGGAAGCUUUCGCCUUCUCGCCAGGAAGAGACGGCGACGCGGGUCGAGGUCCGUGUCUGGUCGGAGCAGCGAUCGGAGCGGCACGCGGCGUUGUUGCUCGGUCGGAGCUUCUGCAGCUUAUGGAACCUGCUCGGAUUUCCCCGUGGCGGUGGGUACGGACUCGAGCGGAGAGUUGUUUGGAAAUGGGGAUGCGAACUGGUCGUCGGAUGUGAACGAAGCUCGGAAUUCGAGAAGGGAUAGGGAUGGAGGGAGUGGGGAGAAGGAGAGCGUGGGUCCUGGGUUUGGUGCAGUGGGGGGUUUUGAUGCUCAGGUGAACGAGUCCGGGUACGGAAGCGAACCGGGUUACCGUGGGGAUGCGGAGUUUGGGUAUGGUGAUGAGCUCGAUGAGGAAGAAGACGAUGCCAGAUUGUUGUUUUGGGGCGACCAACCGGGAGAUACUGAUUCUGUGAUGGAGAUUGUAGGUGAGAACACAUUCACGGAUCAAAAAUCUCAUCUUAGAUGCCGCCGGAAAAAGCAUGAUUGUAGAAUGAUCGACUCAUUUAGGUGAAAGAUUCUGUUCAAGUGUUCAUAAUUCUCCAUCUAUAAUCCCGUUGUAAGGUUGGGGCUGUCUGGCUUAGUUGUGCUUCGAUUCACAAGAUAUCUGCUCAAGACGGCCCUCUGUGACUUUUACACUCUUCAAAGAAUGUUGAUUUUUUUCAUUUUAUGAUGAGAUGUCGAUAUAUAUAUAUAGUUAUAUAUAUAUAUAUAUAUAUAUAUGAAAAAUGUAUAAUGCAAUGUUUGAAGCAUUACAUCAUUCUUGUAAUUAAGAAAGAGUGCUUAAAUUCUUGAGGAGUAAAAAGUUGAACUAUUUUUUAGUU